UCGGACUAAUUGGCCGCGUAUGUUAUGGUCCAUGGUUAUAAUACCUAAUGUAAUGGUAAUCUAUUUGCAAUCUGCAUUUUAGGAGGUAUAGCCUAUAUGCUUAGGAAAAUUCAGCAUUAACCUAACCGAGACGAUAUCAUACGUUCAUUUGGAACAGUCUGACAACGAAUCAACGUGCAUCCGAAUAGUUUUUAGCUUCCUCGAACCAUAUCGCAGCAAUUUUUCUAUCUUGUAUUUUGUGUCCAGCGGAGGGGAGGAUGUAGAUGAGACCUAGACCUAACUUUCCCCUUGAAAAACGGGGACUUCUGUCAAGGGGCGGCGCUUGUGCUUUCAUUUUUUUUCCUGGAGGGUUACAGAAAUAACGGGACACAGUAGGAGGUUUGAGGUUGCAUUUGAGGUUGUGGAUAGUCUACAUACUUUAUAGACUAGUCUACCGUGUUUACAUAGCCUACAAUAUGAUCCUGGUUAGUUUUAUAUGCGCAAUUGUUACCAGAUCAUUGUUCAUUCUUGUUUCGCUCAUUUCUGUCUUAAGAGUGACAUUGGUUACAAAUAAUUGCCGGUAUUGGUUUCUGACCUUUUUGUUCUUGCCUCUGAUUGUCGAAAUGUUUUUCACUUUGAAAAGAAGAAAAGGAAAUGGCUACAAGUGGUUUUCGCCACCUCUCUUGCUAUUUCUCAUGAGCAUUAUACCAUCUAUGUGGAUUUUGGAAUUAGACGACCACAUGAAUAAAACAAAUGAUCUUCAGUGCCGGAAACUGAACUCAGCCAAGAAUUGGAAAAGCAUUAUAAAUUCCCUUAUAAACAGCCCCAUGAAAAAUGACACCUCUGAGGACCCUUUAAAAUUGCUGUCUUCUGUGUGCGCUGAUGACUGGAUUCUAGUCCUGCAUGAGAGCCUCCUGGUCCUGCUUAUUGUGGGGAAGUGGCUGCUGCCCCUCGGAGGUGGGGUGACCCGGGACAAGCUCGCACAGCUUCUCCUCAGCUUUGUGGGAACCGCCGCUGACAUACUGGAGUUCACUAACGAGACGCUCUCAGACAUAAAGGACCACAGUUCUAAACUGGUCUAUCUCAUUUUGGCAGUGUGGACAUGGAGCAUGCUUCAGUUUCCUUUUCAUCUGUCAGUGGUGAAAUCAACAGAAGACGAAUAUUGUGAGGAUCAGAGUGACUCUCUUCUGAAGAAGCAUGGAACUGAAAUCUGGAACAUCAUGCAGAGUCUCUUUAUCCAGGACGGACCCUUCCUUUUGGUCCGGCUGAUGGUCAUGAUCUACUUUGAGGUCUUGCAUCCAAUGCUGGUCUUCUUCACUGUCAAGAAUCUUCUGAUGAUAUUACUGAACCUGUACUACCUGGUUGUCAUAUGCCAGGAUUACAGAUCAUCUGCCUUGCAGGUCACAUGAGAGGGAGUUGUGGACUUGCUCACAAGAGUCAAGAAUCAAACACGAGUCAAGAGUCAAACACAUACUGAAUCCAAACACAACCGCCAAAAUGAUCAGAUAAGAUCUGUACUAUUUUUUCCGGUGAACAUAUCCGAGUUCACAAGCAGUCUAAACAGCAUAAAAGCAGAAAUAGUCAUUUUGGCAGAAUCAUCUCAAAUGGUUGUACUUCCCUUUUAAAGAAUGUGUUGUUGAAUUUAAGCUGGCUGAUACUCUUUAUAUGGGAGCACCAAUCUGAAGUGAGCAUUUUUCUGUAGAUUAUUUUCAAGAAGAUGAGUGUGAGUAAGAAUCAGGGUGAUAUGUCUGCCAAACACUCAGUUGAGCCUCGACACAGCACCAUCCCUGUUAAUUAAAGGCAUAUGAGCUAGUGAAUCCGAGAACACAAUCAUUGUUAAGGCUGGUGGAUUUAAAAAAAUCUUUUUUCAUAGGUCGCUUGGUGUGGCUGAUUUGUAGGGGAGCCCCGUACUCUAAUAAGUGACAUUAUGUAAUAUAUUAAGGUAGAGAAAUUCUGUAACUCCCUUUGAGCCUCUGACAAAGUCAAGAUCAGAAUGGAGAAUAGAAUAGAACAAAAUAACUGUUUCUCCCAAGGUGAACUUCAGGCAUAUGACAAUCAUACAUUACAUUCACAAUGAUCAGAGCUGUCUAAAGGUCUUGGGUGGAGGACCCCCCCCAUUUCCUGACAUUAUUGGGAAUUAAUUCAAAUCUGUCUGUGUUUGUUUUCUGUGUCCCCUGGGGAGGGGGGUUCAAGUAAGGCGGAGUUGUGGAAGGGAGGGGGUUUGGGUAGGGGGUGAGGGAGUUGUA